AUGGCUUACUUUACCAUUGCGAUCUCGAUUGCAUUCUUUUUUGAAGCGCUUCCUCGACACAACACCAGAGUUCAGAGGCUUGCCCGCGAGAAGGAAUACCUGAAUGAUUGGCAACAGGCAAACCUGUUUUCGCGGCUGUCCUACCACUAUUUUCAAAGGAUUGUCAGCCUUGGAGCAACCCGGCCCUUGACAGGCGACGAUCUGGCUAAUACAGCCCCCGCCUACCUUCUGACCAAUGUCAACUAUGAACGCGUGGCGGCAAGUUGGGAGCGCAACAAGUCCCAGAGUGCCUCCAAGAACAAGCAGCCAUCGUUCUUUUGGGCUGUCAUAGGUGCGUACAAGCGGAAGAUUUCUAUCAUGUUAAUCGUCCGCUUGAUAGGAUAUGGUCUAUUAUAUGUCCCUCCUAUGCUCUUCGGCCAACUACUUCGAUUUAUCGACGAUUACUCCAAGGCUGUCAAGGAUGGCGUCGAGCCCCCUGAUCUCAAGAUCGGCUUCUUGAUCUCUGCAGCCAUGCUGUUCUUCAACAUUAGUAGUAUCUUCAUGCUCUGUCAGGGUUUCCAGAAAAUGACUGAUCUAGGAAUCGGUGCUCGGGCAGCGACCAUCGCGCUGAUUUACAGAAAGUCGUUAAAGCUUUCUCCACAGGCCAAGCAAUCCUGCACGCUAGGAGAGAUCACUAACCAUAUGGCUGUGGACGCUGAGCGGUGGAUCGACGCCUCGUUGUUUCUGCCAUUGGUGAUAUCUGUUCCGUUGGAACUGGUCAUCUCAAUCUGUCUCCUAUAUCGUCUACUUGGAUGGUCUCUGUUGGCUGGAUUGGCAGUUUUCGCCAUCCUCAUGCCGGUUCAGGGCAAAAUGGCUUCGUUUAUGAAUGGCUUCCAGGAGGAUCAGUUGAAAUGGAUGGACAGCCGCCUUCGUCUCAUGACGGAGAUCCUGACCAACAUUAAGAUCGUGAAGCUGUAUCACUGGGAGGGGCCAUUCCGCAAGAAGCUUGACGCACUCCGAACGAAGGAGUUGUACGCUAUCAAGGGCCUGGCCACAGUCCAAUCGAUCCUGACUAUCGUCUUUUCCUCGGUAACGCUACUGAUGGCGUUGUUCACAUUCUGGGUGUAUGCAUAUAUCGGCGGUCCCAACAUGACGCCAGGAAAGAUAACCUCCGAGGUCAUUUUUGUAAGUAUCACCCUGUUCGGCAUCAUGAACAAGCCCCUCGGAUUGAUGGCGCUAGUUUUCUCAAAGACUAUCGCUGUAAAGGUCGCCAUGGAACGCCUUAAAAAGUUCCUGCUUAUGGAGGAGAUCGAUACAACUGUCGUCCGCCGCUACUGUCGUCCGAGCCUCUCAUCGCAUUCUGGCGCUAUGGCCGUCGAUAUCGAGGAAGCGACUUUCUCUUGGGAAAAGAAACUAGACUCAACAGCAUCAUUCAAGGAUGCCUCACAAGGGACCGAGGCUCAGCCCUUGCUUGCUUCCAAUAACUCUGAGCCUGAUCGUCCUAAUUUGUUGAGUAUCACUCUUCGCAUUCCGGAUGGUAGUUUGACCGCUAUCGUGGGCAGAAUCGGCCAGGGCAAGUCGUCGUUACUGGGUGCGAUUAUGGGAGAGAUGUAUAAGCGCAACGGAUCAAUUACGGUCUAUGGAGAGCUAGCCUAUGUCCCUCAGCAGGCAUGGAUCAUCAAUGCAACUGUACGGGACAACAUUCUGUUCGGGAAGCCAUUUGACGAAGACAGGUACAAUCGAAUUAUCUUUGCCGCUGGGCUGAAACCUGAUCUGGAGAUGCUGGCUGCGGGCGACCAAACCGAGAUCGGGGAGCGUGGAAUCAAUCUUUCUGGGGGACAGAAGCAGAGAGUGUCGCUGGCGCGUGCUGCGUAUCAGGAUGCCGAUAUCUAUCUUUUAGAUGACCCGCUGAGUGCAGUUGACGCACAUGUGGACCAACAUCUGUGGCAGAAUCUCAUCGGACCAGAGGGGUUGCUCAGGGACAAAACCCGACUUUUAGUCACGCAUGGUAUUCAUCAUCUCGAGUACAUGGAUCAGAUUAUUGUCCUCAAGGACGGCGCUAUCAAUGAGGUGGGCGAGUAUCAGCAGCUCAUGAAGGCUCGCAGCGCAUUUUAUCAACUGAUCAAGGACUUUUCAAAGACUCGGAAGAAAGCAAGACACUCUUCGUCCCAUAAGCGUACGUUGCGCGAUCUAUUACAUGGCAGGAAAGAUACUGGAGCAGAUGGAUACGGAUCAACUGCCUCAGUGAGGAGCAGUAUCAGUCAAGUGGACAGCCAGAGCGACUCUGAAGGCGAAGCGAGCGAGCGCAACACGAUUGCGGAGGAGUUUGCUGCCAAGGUCGAUAAGAAUGAUGCCGACAACGAUGAAUCAGGAGAGCUGAUUGCGGAUGAAAAAAUGGAAGUUGGAAGAGUUGGCUGGAGUGUCAUGAUGGUCUAUGCCAGGGCAGCUUCCAUCCGCAACGCGCUCCUUUGUAUUGUUCUCUCCGUCCUGGCUCAAGCCUGUCAUCUUGGAACCAAUUUUUGGCUGCGGUAUUGGAUCAGCGACACUCAGGCUCGCGAUAGUGGAGCGGAAGGUCGACCAGUUUCGUACUACCUAAUCGGAUACGGCUUGUUUGUGAUCCUAUUCAUGUGUAUUGAUAUUGCUGUCAAUUAUACGACCCAAGUUAUUUGUGGCAUCCGAGCCUCUAAGGUCAUUUACGAUCGCCUUUUGACUAGAGUCCUUCGCCUACCCAUGAGUUUCUUUGAUGUGACCCCAAUGGGUCGCAUUGUUAACCGGUUCUCGUCAGAUAUUUACAACAUCGACUUGCAGCUAGCAGAGGAGUGGAACGAUCUAUUUGUUUUCAUAUCGAUCAUCGGAGGCACACUCUUUGUUAUUGCCUACUCGACGCCUGUAUUCUUGAUUGCCGUCCCGCCUCUGAUCAUGACCUACUUCUGGGUUCAGCACUAUUUUAUCAAGAGCAGCUCCAGUCUAAAGCGCCUAUAUUCAGUGUCGAAGUCGCCACUGUACCAGCAUUUUAGUGAGACACUGAAUGGAGUCUCUUCUAUCCGUGUCAUGAAGGGCCUGCGUGAGCAGUUUAUUCAGCAAAACGAAAGUCGCAUUGAUAUUCUGAGCAAUCGUCUGAAUGCGUACAACUUUGAUAACCGAUGGCUACAGAUUCGGCUUGAGUCCCUAGGAGGAAUAACUGUCUUCAUAUCCGCAUCCCUUGCAGUGAUGAAUGCCGCAAGACUUGAUCCAAGUCUUGUGGGAUUGGCAUUGAGCUAUGCCUUGAACAUGGUCGGCUUCAUCAACUACCUCGUUAGGACCGUGAGCGAGGUGCAGAAUGCCCUGGUCUCUGUGGAACGCGUGGACGAGUAUUCUCAAAAGCCAACCGAGGCACCCAUCGAGACAGGUGCUCGUCUCCCUCAGAACUGGCCUGCGGAAGGGCGUGUCGUUUUCAAGAACUACUUUACACGCUAUCGUGAGGGCUUGGAUUUGGUCAUCAAGGAUGCAUCCUUCAUUGUGGAGCCCUCUCAGUCCGUUGGUAUUGUGGGUCGAACCGGUGCAGGCAAGUCCUCCCUCACCCUGGCUUUAUUUAGGAUCGUCGAGGCAGCAGGUAGUUCGAUUGAGAUUGAUGGCAUCGACAUUUCAACUCUGGGUCUAAAAGAUCUGCGCCAACACCUGUCAAUCAUUCCCCAGGAUCCUACACUCUUUGCCGGCACUGUCCGUGAUAACUUGGAUCCGUUUGAGGAGCACUCUGACAAGGAUCUUUGGGAAGCACUCGAGCGUUCGCAUCUAAAGGAUCAUAUCUCUUCACUUGCUGGUGGACUAUCGUAUGAAGUUGCUCAGAAUGGCGAGAACUUUUCAGUUGGACAGCGCUCCCUUAUCUGCCUUGCGAGGGCACUGUUGCGCAAGACGAAAGUUCUGGUCCUGGACGAAGCAACUGCAGCGGUUGAUGUGGAGACGGAUGAACUGAUCCAGAAGACGAUCCGCAAGGAGUUUAAGGACAGAACGGUCCUCACUAUCGCCCACCGCAUCAAGACAGUCAUGGAUUCGGACAGGAUAUUGGUGCUUGACAAGGGCCGCGUUCAAGAAUAUGAGGCGCCUUCGGAGCUGUUGAAACGUAAAGACUCGUUAUUCUAUCAGCUGGCUGAACAGGCUGGGGAGAUUUGA